GAAGUUCGUCCGAAUCGAAAGUGACGUCACAUUGCGCAUGCGUAUAAAAUUGGUGGGCAAGACCCAUUCAUAAAAAUAAUGGCCGAUAAAACAAACACUUCAUCGAGUUCUCUCAACAAUUUAUCAACAUAUGCAAAUUCCCUGUCAGUUGAAGCAAAGCAGAGAUAUUCCACAAAGUUAUUGUACAACACGGGAACUAAAAGUUUGCCAGAUCCGUACGCAAUUGCUGAAAAAUGGAGUUCUGACCCUAGCACCUGGCCCGACCUGACCUUUGGUGAUAUUUACCUUUACCUGAUUGACACGCCUUCCAUCUACACCAAGGAGUCAAUGAAAGCAUACAAAUCGUUAGAUGCAUACAAUUACGUCGUCAGUGGACAUGUACAAGUCGUGUUUUCUCACCCAGUGGACAACGACUGUCCAUUCAUGGUCCUCAAGGCAAAGGUCACACCGUCACAGAGAGCUAGAGAUAAACCACAUGAACCAUGGGUGUAUUUGGAAAAGAGCAGUGGGACAGUAUACUGUGCUCACUGUACCUGUAUGGCAGGGUUAGGGGAAGUAUGCAGUCAUGUUGGGGCACUACUGUUCAAGGUGGAGAUGGCUGUUAAAAUUGGAAUCACACAAACGAGUUCAACCAGUAAAGCUUGUCAGUGGAAUAACAGAUUUAGAAAAGAGGUUACUCCAACUACUGUCACUGACAUUUUCCAGCAUAUAAAGGGUAGACGUACAAAAGAUAUCGCAAGUGUCCAAGCCAACGGGGCAGCACCUCUCCCUCCCCAGGAAGUCCUAAAGGAACUGUAUGCUAUUGCACCUAAUGCUGCCUUUUUUACCUCCGUUAUGACACCAAGUAUAGAUAAUCCACCUGCCUCAAAAACAACUGAAAACAAAGAACUUGAAAAUGAGCCAACAACAAACAACGAUGACAGGGUCGACAACAACAACAAUGCUAAUGAGAAAUCAUGGUGUAUUUGUUCCGAACCAGAGUAUGGUCGAAUGAUAAGGUGUGAUGGUGACCAAUGUCCUUAUGAAUGGUUCCACUACAAAUGUGUAAACAUUCGACGUAAACCAAGAGGAAGGUGGUUUUGUGCUAGCUGUGAAAUAUAG